UCACUUCCGAUGAGCGGAUGUUUUUUUUCCUCCUUUUGUACGUUUAACAGCAUUUUUUCGUUGAAAGUGUUUUACAGCUUUACUAAUAUUCCUACUUUUGGUCCUGACUUCUACGUAAACAUCUCCGUAACGACAAAAAAGAGUGAAAUAUUAUCGUUACUGCAGCAGCAUGUCUGCAGACCUGGACCUGUCCCCUCCAGAGGUCCCCGAGCCCACCUUUCUAGAGAGCCUGCUGCGCUAUGGGCUGUUUCUGGGUGCCAUCUUCCAGCUCAUCUGCAUCCUGGCUAUCAUCUUCCCCACGUCCAAGGGACAUGAACAGGAGGAGUCUGAGUCCACUGAUGGCAAGGCUGCUGAACAGAUGAAGAAACCCAAAGGACUGGCGCCUCAGAUUCGACAGAAACCAAAGAAAGAGAGCAAAAAGAAGCGAUAGAUACUGCUUUGUGUGUUAUCGGUUUGUGUGAAUGCGGGUGUGUAGUCAUCAGUGAGUCAUCGUUGGCAUAGGUACUUAUGUUAUGUUAAAAUAAAAAAUGAUGUGCAUUUAAUUUGAGACACUUUGGAAUGACCUUGGGCUGUGUGUCCUUCACAUUCAACACAGUAUUGUGAUGAUGUGUGCUGUAAUUUAUGCAGCCACAUGCUUUGUUGAAUAUAUUGUUUUGUUUGUUUAACAUUUGUUUUCUUUUAUAAUUGAAUACAAUUGAAUUGGAUUCGGAUUUCAACAGACCAAUAAAUACAUUAGGUAGUCA